CCCCUCCUUUUGGUCCAAUACGAAACUAUGCUUAAGUUCUUACUCUCACUGAUUUCCUUGUCUGUAAUUGGCCAAAUUCUACUUUCCCCCACUCAAAUGAAUGCUCGUUGAAUCCCAAUUUUCCUCCUCAUGCUCUCCGUCCACCUUUUCUCGGGAACCAAACACAAUCUCAUUUGAUUGGGUUCUGAUCACUGAUGGGUACCGAGAACCUGCCCAUGCUUACAACCCGCUUUGAUUCCAUCAGAGCACGUUUUGCAGAUAAUUUUGUUCCCACAAGCAUGCGCUGGGUUGUCAAUUCUCUCCGAACUUUCAUUUGCAAUUAUGUUCUUUACUCGUUCGGGUUAAUGCUCCAGUUUAUUUUCAGAAUUCAAAUAGCAGAUGGGAAAAAUGAGCUUUCAGCUCAGCUUGAGGAUUCUCAUAUUGAUGGGUUCAGAGAAGAACUGAUUAAUUUCCUGUUUCCGAGUGAUGAAUAUGUCGACGAAGAUGGUCUAAUGGAGUCCGUCAAUGAUUUUUCUGUAGAUAGCAUGACUGAGAGUUCAGUUUCAGAAAAGGCUGACUCAAAUAAUUUUGAAGAAGCAGAUUUCUCUGUUUCUAUGAAUGAAGAAGGAGAAGAAGGAUUCGAUCCUAACAUGAAGAAGAUUAAGUCAGAUUUUUAUGAUGGUGGUGUCAGGAACGAAAAAGAAGGAACAGAGAGCUCUGUUCUCAUGGUGGGAAGCUCCAAGGUUCAUGAAGAUGAUAUGAGAAGAGUAGAAGAAAAACCAGAGUGCUCUUUUAUCAUGAAGGAUGAAGUUGUUCAUGGAAAUAGUAAGAGGAGGGAAGAAGAAACAGACAUGUGUGCUUUAAUGGAGGGUGAAGAGAGUGAGAAGAAAGAAGACAACGAAGAAGAUGAAACAGAGGGCCCUGCUUUAAUCACCAAAAAGUUUGAAUACGUGUCAGGAAGGGAUAUUAUUGGGUUCGAAGAACCAACAACAACAAUGACCUUUAGUUUUAGGGAAUUUUUUGUGGGUCCAUAUGUUUCCGACACACAAAUCUCAGAGCUCAAAUCAGAGAAAGAAAAAUCUCCUGGAUCACAGAGUUUUCAAGAAUCUCAUCCUUGUCUAAAUGGCUCUGAAGCGGAAAUUUUGGAGCUUAAAUUAGUACAAGAACCAGUCGUUCAAGAAGUAGCAAAUAAAGAAGUUUCAGAGCUCGAAUCAGAAGAUGAACAAUCUGUUGGAGCGCAGAAUUUUCAAGAAUUUUAUCUAUCUCCAAAUGGCUCUGAAUAUGUUCAAGAGCAUGGUUUUCCAGGUUUUGAUUCAAGUCCAAAUGUUUCAGAAACAGAAAUUUGUGAGUUCAAGUCAGAGGAAGACCAUGUUCUUCAAGAAGAAGAAAAAGAUGGAUCUGUUCAAGAGCAGAGGAUGUUCCAUGGCCAUUCUAGUUCUGAUCAAUUCAGCCUAAAAAGUGAGAUCUUUCGAUUUAGAGAUUCAUCUGAUGAAGAUGAUUUGGACUUCAAUGACAAUUCAUUCGAGUCUGAUUCUGAAUCAGAAUCAUCCAGCUCGAGUGGUCUCAUAUGGGCCAACAGUGACAAAGCUGAUGACUUGAUCACAUACGAGUUUCUAGCAUAUCAAAAAGGUUUUGAAGGAUUGGAGCCUGAGACCCUCAAGUUGAUGGAAAAGCUAAGAGCCAUAGAUGAGUUCAUUGAACUAGCACCUGGGAAACCUGAGAAUGAAGAUGAAAAGAAAGGUUCAAAUGAUUCAGAGAAAAAAUUGGGUGAGUUAGAUUCUGAAGAAGAAGAUGAUGAUCAGGAUGAUUUUGCAUGGGAUGAUGAUGAAUUGGUACAACAAAUGAAAAUGGAAAUGAGAAAUGCAAGACAAGGAGGGCUUCCUACAAUUUUAGAGGAUGAAGAAGAAGAAGAAAGAGAGUCCCCAAAAGUGGCUGAAGAUCUAAAGCCACUGAAGAUUGAAGAGAAACUUGAAUUCAGAGAUCAUAUCAGAGAUAUCCAGAAAGUUCACAGGAGUUACGAAGAGAAAAUGAGGAAGCUUGAUAUCUUGAACUACCAGACCCUGCAUGCUCUAGGUCUACGGCAAUUGAAAGAGCCAAGUGCGAAGCCUAUGAUACUGAAGAAUUUAUUGUGGUCAAGCAAAGAUGAGAGGUUGAUGAAGAAGAAGAAAUCGUCGGAGGGGGUAGAGAGUUUGGUGGAGGAGUUGGAAAUGGUGUAUGUGGGACAGGUUUGUCUGUCGUGGGAGAUUCUAUGGUGGGAGUACAGGAAGGCGAUUGAGUUGAAACAGUGCGACAGAGAAUGGGGUCGCCGGUACAAUAUGGUGGCCGGAGAAUUUCAACUGUUUCAAGUGCUGUUGCAGAGGUUCAUUGAGAAUGAGCCUUUUCAGGGUCCAAGGAUUCAUAACUAUGUUAGGAACCGUUGUGUCAUUCGGAAUCUCCUCCAAGUCCCCGCCAUUAAAGAUGAUAGCAUGAAGGAAAAUAACGUGAUGACAAAGGAUGAAGAAGAUGCGGUCUCAAGUGAAAGAUUAGCAGAAAUCAUCAGAGAAUCCAUGUACAUCUUCUGCAAGUUUGUCCGAGCCGACAAGCACGACAUGAAUACCAACACCUUCUUCAAAGUUCCUUACCAAACCAAACCAACCCAUCUCAAAGACCCAGCAAUUUCUCAUCUUCUCACAGACAUUCAAACCCAACUCCACAAGAAGGAGAAGAGGCUGAAGGACCUAGUGAGAAGCGGGAACUGCAUAGUGAGGAAGUUCCAGAAGCAGAGUGAAGAAAAAGUGGAACUUGAUCAUGAGCAGAUGGUGGCUCAGGUUCAGUUGAAGUUGAUAUCAAGGGUUCUGAGUCUGUCAAAGUUGAGAAAAGAUCACUUAAUUUGGUGCAAUGAUAAGUUAAAGAGGAUUUCAUUUCUUGACAGGAAAAUCCAAGUGGAGCCCUCCUUUUUGCUUUUUCCCUUCUGAUCCACUUCAUGUGCAUACUUUUUUACACACAUGAUAAUCAUACAUAGACAAGAUCCAUACAUACUAAUUGUUACUAGCUACAGCUAGUUUCUUUCUUAGGCAAAUAAAUUUGUACUUGCUCACUGUCAUGUUCUCUUACAUUAUGGAAAUCUAACCAAUAUGAACCUAUGUUCCUGGGAUAAAUGUCAUGAUUAAUGAUAUCUUUAUUUCAAUUCUAA